AUGAGCGAAGACAUGCAACCAGCGAUACAUCCCCUUGUUCUUGACAAGGUUCCACAUGGAGAUGCUUGCCAUUCAGCCCUUGGUCUCGCCAGAGAUGCACUAUCUACUCCCAUCUUGAAUCAUUCUCUGCGUGUUUAUCUCCUCGCUCGAUUCAUUGCAGAGAGAGAAGACUCCCCUUUUGUGUCUGAGCACCGGAUAUCACUUCUAUUCGUGGCAGCCGUUCAUCACGAUAUGGGUGCGAGUCAUCUCUACAACGGUGCCCAGCGCUUCGAAAUCUGCUCGGCAGACUGUGCGAAGGCUCAUCUCGUCGAACAUGGCUAUUCCGAGGCUGAAGCUCACCAAGUCUGGACGGCUAUUGCGGUGCAUACAUCACCCGGCAUAGCAGAGCGUAUCGACCCCCUGUCUCGUCUGAUACGACUCGCUGUGCGAUCGGACUUUGGCUCGGAGGAAUACAGAAAAAGCAUGGGCGUGGACGGGUACUACAGGGAAAUAGAAGAGCUUCUACCAAGGCUAGAUGCAGAAAAAGCCCUCAGUGACGCAGUGGUUAAGCAGGCCAGCAAGAUUCCUCGCAUUGAUAGUCUCACCUGGCCCAGCGAUGCAAAGUUCCCUGCUGCGAGCUGGCCUGGGAUUCUGCUACGGGCACAUGCCGAGAACCCAGACCACGAGGGAGUGAACCCUGCCUUCUAG